AUGGGGGGCAAGCGCGGCCAGCCGUCGGCCCAGCCCCGCGGCUCGCGCGGCGGCGGUGGGCGCGGCCGCAAGGUUGCGAGGGCUGACAGCGGCGAUGCCGCAGGGGGCGCACCGUCUGCCGCGGCCUCGCUCUCGCGCGCUGCACUCGCGGGCGACAGCUUCGAGUGCGGCACGUGCGGGUCCACCGACGCCUCGCAUCAGAUGAAGGACGCGGCGGUGCCGUCCUGCGUCGCUUGCUUCGAUCGGUACUCGAAGGGCUUCACGCAGUUCGGCUCCCUGGAGGUAGUCCAGGCGGGCGUGCAGGACGAGGACUCGCACAUCUACGACUGCUGGCAGGAGGCUUUGAGAACCGAGUCUGGCGAGCGCGCGCACUUCUUCCCGACGUCCGUCGACGAGGGGCAGGAGUUCAUUGUCUCGGUCGUGAAGCCGAUGGUUGGCUUGAACCGCUCGCAGCUCAUCUCAGACGUGCUUCACGACGAGCCAGAGAAGAUGGGCAUCAAGCUGCAGGACCUGCCCGACCACGAGGGGAACAUCUACAAGGGCCUCCUGGUGCCCAACCCGAAUCGCCCGUACCUGGAGUACGACGUUGCCAGCCAGGUCGUCGCCAGGAUGACGACGCACAAGAUGCAGCCACUUCAGCAGACGUUCUCGGCGCAGUCGGCGGGCACCUACACUUACGUGAAGAAGGAUCGGUUGGGGGGGACAUUGGGCCGCUCGCGCUCAGGUGUCCGACAGCGUCUUUUGCACAUCGCCGCGAUGGCGCAGGAGGGCAAGAUGAAGAUCGUCUGCGUCAAGGCGCGAACGGAGAACCACACACUCGAGUCGUUGAAGCUCAAGGGGGACCAGUACAGGAAGACGCAGGCCGAGGUCGCCGCGCGGGCUCAACACCUUGAGGAGCAGGAUGCGAGUCCGUCUGCCAGCCCGAACGGCGCCUCGCCAGGUGGCGUGCAGUCAGCGGCCGCGGCCGCUGCGGGGAUUGGCCCGAUGCUGAACCCGAGUGCGAUGGCCUGCUCGAGGACAGCCGUCACGGGCGAGGGUGGCCGCGGGCCUCGCACUCCAGGCGCAAAGCCACGGGGGGCAGCCAGGUCGGCGGCGAUGUCGGCGGAGGGGGAGCAAUCUGAGGUGGAGGAGCUCGUGGAGCGCCGCAUCGCCGCCCUGGACGUGAACAGGUGCUGGUCAGGCACCGCCAUGGGCCGCGAGCUCCGCUGGGCGAGGGAAAGCCACCAGACCAUCAUGGAGGGCUGCCCCAACCCGCGGGACAGCGAGGUGGCGGACAAGUUGAAUGAGCACAUCCUUGUAUGCGACGCGAUCUGCCAGCUGGUCGAGAAACCGAUAGCAACGCUGCCAAAGGCCAAGCUGGAGAGCCUCCUGAAGGCCAUCGAGGCGGGGGACGAGGACUUGCCAUCGAAGUGGAAGCUGGACGUACUCAAGCUCAAGGUCGCCGAGUUCACCAAGAUUGGCGACUUCGACGUGCAUGAGUUCUUUGUCAUCGUCGCACCGUGGGAAGUCCAAGCUGAAGUUGACAUCAUGAGCGACACCAGGUACAAGCCCACGCGCCCACGGGUGCUCACGUGCGACGGGAGCUUGUCGGACAAGAUCGUUGCUUGCGAGGGUUUCUUUAUGGAAACGUUGGCCCAGUUCAUCCAGAGUGGCAAGGAGGGGCAGCUCAGCUUGACCAGAUUCUGCAUCAAGUGCCUCGAUUGGCUCGACGAGAAGUGUCCUGAUGACGAAGAGUUUGACGACGUCGUCUCGGCGAUGACGACGUGCUUGAAGGCCACCUUGUGCAUCGCCGACCCCGUGCGCCUGGAGUACAAGGACGCGCUGCUGGAGAUGACGGCUGCGAAGUCGACGGAGGUUGGCAAGGCGUGCUUGCGCCACCUGAGCUUGGCGGUGAAGCGGUCGGCGCACUACACAGCGCUCAAGGCCAAUCCCGCCUUAAGCGUCCGAGGGCGGGUGUCCGCGCAUGUCGGGGCUUUCUGGGUUCUGGAUGAGUUCGACCAGUAUUUUCUGAAGACGAGCGAGCUUUUCCCGCAGAUGGUCCAGCUGAUGGCGGCCAUGGACGCGGCGACGGACAUCAGAGAGGUAGAGCGGUCGGGGACUCUGAAGGCAGCGCUCGAGCUGUUGCCGAACGUCGUGACGUACUGUCGGCCAGGCAGCUUCGGCAACUUCAAGGAACAGGUGAGCGCGAAGUUGGACGAAUACAUUAACAGUUACUUAUUUUGCGGUGCCCUCGCCGAGGCAGAUGGUUCCGUGCAGACUUCCAUGCUGGCCGAUGCGAAGGCACUGGUCACCAUCGCUAAGACCAGCAUCUCAGAGAAGGGUUCAUUGUGGGCGACGGCAAUGGAUAAGAUCAAAGAGAAGGAGUCCGAGAUCAACCAGUUCAACGCCAACAAGGGCUUGGCGCAGCUCGCGGAGUCCCUCGACGACGAGAUCUUGAUGAACCUCGAUAGGCUCAAGGAGGUGCUCCCAGUGAUCGAGUCCGUGCUGGCCGCUGGCGGCAGGGGCGUGGAGGUCCACAAGGAUAGCGCUGCCACCAUCUUCGGAAAGAUCUACUCGGUGAUCUGCCAGUAUGUCCGUGCCCCGACGGAGGCCGCACCGCACCUGCACAUAUUGAUGACGCUUACGGAGACAAAUUGGUUGGCUGGCGAAUCGGCGGUGAAGCUCGACAAGGUGAUUACCAUGCUCAAGGCUUGGGGCUCCCUCUCGCAGCAGCGCGCUCAGUGGGCACAGUCUGGUAACGACGACGCGGCGCGGCUGAUCAAGGAUGGGUCGGCGAACCUGGUGACGAGCAUCCGUUCUUCUGUCAAGGCGAUGCAGUCCACUGGCUUGGUGGCAGAGGUGAUCGGGGCGCAGUCGGACGUGACGGCGGCGACCGAAGAGAUGAACUCAGCGGCCAAUGUGUGCAUGGCGAUCGUGACCGAUGCCGUGAAGGCUGCGACGGCGGCGUUGAAGCCGUUCGCGACGGGCACGGAGGCGUUCGACCAGCCUUGGGACCAGGACCUGGCUGCGGACGCGGGCAUGGACUCGGUUCUGAAGCGCGUGGAGGAGACGAUCUUGCAGAUCGACGGGGGCUCCUUCCAGAAGCGGAUCGACGCUGUCCUCGACGCGAAGAAGCGCGCCGUGGGGUGGGCGCAGGUCUUCGAGGUGCAGCAGGACGAGGAUGCGACCAAGGAGGCGGUCGACACGAUGAGAGUGGCGAGCGCCAUUAAGUUCACGGCGCUGGUGGUGCACGCGUUCAAGACGUGCGCUGGCCAGGCGCCGAAGAUGCGCCGCAUGGUGAACGCGUGCCGCAAGGAGGCGGCGGAGGCCGACGCCGUCAGCGCCAUGCGCCAGGACGUGGUGGAGUGGGCCGCGAAGCUGGCGUCGCUCAAGGGCAGCACCUAG